ACCGAAAGCAUUCAGUUACAGGUAAGGGUGUGACCCCUGCAGUUCCACUUUUAUUUGUUCAGAUCCUGUUCAGCACAGACACACAGCUGCUGGAGGUUUUGUGGGGGCUUCGUGUUAAACACGAUGCUAUUUUGCUGCCACUUUGAGGACUUUUCAUUACAGUUUUCAUCCUGGUUGCUGUGGUAGGAGAUUUCAACGCACUGAAACGGAGAAAUGGCCCACAUGUGGAGGAAUCUCUGUCUUAUUCUACUGUCACUAGCUGAUGCCUAUGCUAAAGACUGCCUGCCUGCCAUUAUUGGAGAGACAGUUGAGAUCCCCUGCUCUCUGCACACUACAGAGUCCUUAAAGACAGAGGACAUCUCACUCGAAUGGGAAACAUCUAAAGGUGACAUCGUUCACGCAUUCGUCAAAGGAGAGGAUCAUCUGUCAAAUCAGGACCCCCAGUUCCGAGGCCGAACGCAGCUCUUCAGAUCUGAACUGUCACGUGGUAACUUCUCACUGAGCCUGUCGAACGUCUCAGCAGCUGACGUAGUCUGGUAUGACUGCCGUUUUAGUAGAAGUGAGGAGGAGAGCAGCACAUUUCUGUGUCAUCAGUGCCUUCAGAUUGCAGAGAGUUAUUCUGUCCCAGUAGUUUAUGGACAAUCAGCACCGAUGUUGAAGAAUAAAGAAGCCUAUUUCACAUGCGUGUCUACUGGGGGAUUUCCUGCUCCCAAGGUCCAGUGGUCUGUGAAUAAACAGCCAGUUCAGGACUCAAGACGAGUAGACACAAGACUGAGCCGAGACAGCAGGGGUCUGUACAGUGUCACCAGCGUCCUGACUGUGAAUGUGACAGGAGACAUGUUUGUGUCCUGCACUAUUGAGAAUGAGAGGCUGACAGAGAAGAGGACAUCGGCUGAAAAUGAAUAUCAGAUUGAAACUGUGAAAAAGCUAAAGGUAACCAAUAGAGGAGCCCGGGUGACAGGAAUGUCAGUGCCAGUGGUACUGCUGAUUGGAGCGAUUGUGACGUCAGAGUUUAUGAGGAGCGAAACUUUUAAGAAUAACCACAAUCCAGCUGGCUAAUUGGUGCCAUUUUAUAUCGAGACUGCACUGUUUGGACUGGAGGUUUUAAAUGACAGACUGACGGGUCACACAAGGGAAUCUGAAGCACCUUGUUUCAACUUGCAAAACCUGAAGUCCUGCUGAACAAGACGACUGUUUUUAUGGAAUGAAGCCAAAGGAAGUGAUUUAGUAAAAAAGACCCUGAAUGUUCUUCACCACUCCCCAUUCAAAUCAGCUAUGGGAGUUAAAAUAAUUGGGCAGCUACGCCUUCAGCCAGUCCGAGGUCCCCUUGUCUCAAAUCUGCAGGUCGCAUGACAGUCCCACUUGGGGGGGGAGGGGCUUUGUCUGUAAAUUAAAAAAGACAACACCAUCCUUUACAAUUGUGUGUGCCAGACUGGGGUCUUUUAGAGCCUUAUAUGGGCGUUGAGGGCCAACAGCAGUUAGACAAACUUCAGAUAAUGGCUCUCUUUCACGGAUGUGGACUCAGACUCUUUUUUGCUUGCCUGGCUUGUUUCCCACUGAUAUCCUUUUGCUCUCUGUGGAUAGGACUGGUGAGCUUUGUUGGGCUGAAUAACCUGUUCUCUAAUGUUCUCUGUUCUUUUCAUAUCUUCAGCCUUUUUGCAGUGCUUUAUAUGCUUGUUUAAAAUAUGGGAAACAGAUUAAUCUCAACUCAUUUUUGGAAGCUACUUUUUUCUGGUGAGGGUUGGGGUUGCAGGAUUGCAAACAGGACGGCCCAGAAGUCUCUGACCUCAGCUACAGAUUCCUGCUCUUCUGGAGGAAUUCCCAGUCAUUUCUCAAGCCAGCUUGGUUCUCCACCCAAAGCAGUUCUAAAGGGAGCUACCUGGUGGCACCCUUAGGACACGCACAAAUGAAUUGAAAUGGUUUCUCUCGAUAUGAAGGACCCGCGACUCUGCUCUGAGGCUUUCCUGAACUGCUGAGCUUCUCACCCCACCAUAAAGUGUCUGCCCAGCAUCUGCAUAAACAAAGAAAGAAAAACUCCUUUCUGCCGCUUACUGCUUGUGAUGUCAUUACUUUCAUGAGCUAUGAGUGAAGAAAGUAAUUUAUUUUUUUUGCUCAUGUGCCUCAUUUCCCUCUAUUGCCCUUUUGUUAUCAUUUUGUGUUCUUAAAAUGAUGCUGCAAAAAUCAUGACAAGAACUAGAAAGUACAACCACAUCAUGGCAGUACCUACCAUAAGAUCUGACUUUAUGUACAUUUCUUCUUCCUUGACAAGGCCAUGGGUGAUCUCCAACAUGUCUAUAACUUAGUUCCCAAGAUUGGGUGAUCUCUUACAUGUCCGUAGGUUAUUUCCCAAAUCGGCACUCCUUUCUUUCAAUGGCUCUUGUAGACUCACUUAUCCCUCUCUGUCCAUAGAUUUCUCAUUCUUUGACACCUCUGAUAUUGUAGCUCUCAGUUAUCAAGGGUCUUACAAAAGAGUUAAAGAGCACUUGGCAUCUUGGUCACCAAUUCCAUUGUUAUUCCAGUCAGACUGGCACUUAUUGAAAGUCACUUUGCUCCCUUCAUCACCAGUACUGUGGCUUCCAUCCUUCAAAUACUAAUCUAAUUUUAGAUCUCAGCUAUUAUAAAAAAAAGUUCAAAAUAUGAAAAAAUACAUUCAUUUUUUAAGUAAAAUGAUUUUAUUUUAAUUAGUUUAGUUAUAAACUCAUAACUCAACUCAGUCAUGGGGCGCACAUAAAUUAAUUGAUUCAAACAAUUUUUGAAACUUGUUUAGCAUGGUGGGGAAUUACAAUGUUGUUGUUUUAUAUAUUUUAUGAUAGCUAUUCCAUUAAUUGGCUGAAUUAAUUAAUUUAUGCGUGCCCCACGAUUUUAUUUAGUCACA